UAGAGAACCCCAAGAACCCAAGUAAUGGUGCUCAUCUUCUUCUUCGUCGCCCUCUCUUUCCUGCUUAGCUUCUGCAGCUGCGGCGACCCUAUUUACCUUGGCCACGAUUGCCCAGACACAAUUCCUCUUUUCGGUUCCAACAGCACCUACCAAUCUAACCUCAACACCCUUCUCUCUUCUCUCUCCUCAAACGCCACCUCCAACUCCAAUAACGCCUACUCCAACGCCACCAUCGGCCAGAGUACCGACGCCGUUUACGGCCUCUACUACUGCACAGGCUACGUCACCCGCGAUGUGUGCAGCAAUUGUGUUAACUUCGGUGCUCGGGAUAUUCUCCAGCACUGUCCCAACCGGAAAACCAGUUAUAUUUGGUACGACGAGUGUAUGUUGCGCUACUCCGACCAGUCCUUCUUCUCCACAGUCUCCGACUCCCCUUCAUUCAAUUUGUAUAACCCUAAUAACAUCUCAGACCCAAUUCGGUUUAAUGAGCUCUUGGGAGAUACAAUGAACGAUACCGCCACUGAAGCAGCCUCCAAUUUAGAGAGAUUCUCCAUUAAAGAAGCUAAUUUCACAAAUAAUCAGACACUGUAUUGUAUGGCGCAGUGUAGCCCUGAUUUAUCGGGGAACGAAUGUAACAUUUGCCUUGUGGGUGCCAUCGCUGAUCAACUCAGUUCUUUUAGCGGUUUACAAGGUGGAAGGGUUCUCAAUCCCAGUUGUAACAUUAGGUUUGAGAUGUACUGUUUCUUCCCUGUCAAAGCUUUGAGACCUACCCUUCAUGCUCCUCCGCCUCCGAGUGACAGAACUACCAGUCCAGAAAAUGAAGGAAAAUCAUGGAGGAAAAUAGUUGCCAUUGUUGUUCCGGUUGCUGUUGCAGGAUUGAUUCUUUUCUCUGUUCUCUGGUAUUGUUUUCUAAUUCGGAAGAGAAAGCAGGAUUUGUCAAAGGAGAAGGGUGGGAACAGAAUUAAAAAUGCAGAAUCAUUGCAAUUUGAUUUCAGUGAAGUCCUUUCAGCCACGAACAACUUUGCAGAUGUUAAUAAGAUUGGUGAAGGAGGAUUUGGUGAAGUUUUCAAGGGUAAGCUUCCUAAUGGACAAGAAAUUGCUGUGAAGAGGCUCUCAAGAGACUCAAGGCAAGGUGCAAAAGAAUUCAAGAAUGAGGUUGUGCUAGUUGCAAAGCUUCAACACCGGAAUCUUGUCAGGCUCUUGGGAUUCUGCUUGGAGGGAGAGGAAAAGAUACUCAUCUAUGAGUUUGUACCCAACAAAAGCCUCGACUACUUCCUAUUCGACCCUGAGAAUUGUGUUCAGUUAGAUUGGCAGAGUCGUUACAAGAUCAUAGGAGGGAUUGCUCGAGGACUCCUUUAUCUUCAUGAAGAUUCCCGCCUUAGAAUUAUUCAUAGAGACCUUAAAGCAAGCAAUAUCUUGUUAGAUAGGGAAAUGAAUCCCCAAAUUUCAGAUUUUGGGACAGCAAGAAUUUUUGGAGUGGACCAAACUCAAGCAAAAACAAACAGAAUAAUUGGGACUCAUGGUUACAUGCCUCCGGAGUAUGUAAUUCAUGGGCAGUUCUCAGUCAAAUCAGAUGUGUUCAGCUAUGGUUUAUUAGUUUUGGAGAUUGUAAGUGGAAAGAAGAACAGUAGUUUCUAUCAAACAGACUCUGUUCAGACCCUUAUGAGCCAUGCAUGGAGUUAUUGGAAUGCAGGAACAGCCUUUGAGUUGGUUGACCCAAUUAUGAGAGAAAAUUGUUCACAAAGUGAAAUUAUGAGAUGCAUUCAUAUUGGAUUAUUGUGUGUUCAGGAAAAUGUAGCCGCCAGACCCACUAUGGCAUCUGUAGUUCUCAUGUUGAACAGCUACUCAGUUACUCUCCCAUUACCCUCACAACCUGCAUUUUUUGUGCAAAGCAGAAUGGAAUCAGAUCAAUCUAAUAGCAGAACGAUACCAUUGUCUGUCAAUGGAUUGUCGAUCAGUGUGUUAGAGUCCCGAUAAUGUGAAUA